CAUCAGUGUUGAUAGAGGCUGAUAGCUGUUAAGAAGACAGAGAUGGAGCCUGUGAUCUUUUGGUUUCUCCAAGCGACCAUCUGUACAACCAAUGUGAUACACGUCAACUCCUUCUCGAACGUGGCUUUACACAAGCCAGCAAGUCAGGACUCCUUCCGUGAACCGUUUCCACCAUCUGCAGCUGUGGAUGGAGAUGAUACUACUUUCAUUCACUCGGACAGGGCAGUACCCUAUCACUGGUGGGAAGUGGAUCUCCUUAACUCCUACACUAUACCCAAUGUCACCAUCACCAGCAGAGAUUGCUGUGGUAGCCGAUUCCGUAACUUUACAAUUGACCUCACAUCUGAUCACCUGCCCUCAGCACAAGUCACGCGACUUUGUCACUACUACCCGGGAAGUUUUACCCAAUUCGCAACCCGCACCAUAGCAUGUGAUGAGACAUUUACAGCACGAAAGGUCAAGGUCACUACAGAUUCAUCUGACGGGCGACCUCUUGAUAUAAGCGAGGUCAAGGUCAAAGGUCUUCACGUGUGUGGAAAUCACUGGCUGCAAUUUACAUUGAAUGCUGACACAAAACGCUCGGAAGCCCCACUACACCAGGUCCAGGUGGAAUCCACACUGGCAUGUGCCCAACGCUGCCGGGAAGAUAUAGAUUGUGACGCCUUUCAGACACUGGCGUCAUCUAGUAAUGUGACCUGUCAACUGUUUGUUGGUAGAUCUGGUGACACUGUCAGUGAUGCUAAUUGGAAGUAUUACAGUUUUUCAGGAUAAAAACACUUAGUGAACCCUCUUGGUUAUUAUCUCCCGCCACGUAGUGGAAAGGGGAUAUAGGAAUGGGUACUGUCCGAUCGUCCUUCCGUCCUUCCGUCCAUCUGUCGCGUUUCCGGAGCAGAAUUAAAAAAAACAUUGAGAGAUAUCUUUACCAAACUUGGCACAUAGAUAGGUCUAGCGGUGAACUGGUGCCUUUUGAUAGUUUUGGAUUUAGGCUGAAAACACCGGUAGUGUUUCGUUUCUUGAAAACCUUACAAUAUUUCUUGCCUUGCAACACUACCAGACAUGUCAUAAUGGCGGGGGAUAUGAAUAUUUCAUGCUUGUUGAUUGUGGGGUUACACAUUUUAGUAUAUAACAUCACUAACUGACCUUAGCUUUUUUAAGUAAUUUCUUUUUGAAUUUCGAGGUAGAAUCUAGCAUUCUGUUUCUACGAAGAUUUCAAAUAUCGUCAUGCGACUGCUAAAGAUGUUUUACCAGGGUUACAACAUUCAAACCUCAGUAAAGCUUUCAAACAGUUUUGUGGUAGACAUGUGGAGACAUUUUAAAAUUUGAUGCAUUAGUGAAUGCAAUUCACUAAUAUGUUCCCGUGUUAUUUCAGGUGAACAAUUGACUUGCCUUUCUAUGUAUGUGUUUGCCACCGGGAGCCACCGGAUGAUUAUCAUUUCUUGAACACCUGGUAUCAUCACUAUUUGAUAGUGAUUCAUAAUACAUGUAGCAUGGCACUUUAGUGAGAGAUGGUGUUUGACAGGAGUUUAUGUAAAGUUUUUUGUAUUCCCUGAGUUAAAAAGGUGAACAUAUAUACAUACACUCCGGAUGAGACUCAACCCCAAAAAGUACGAGAAUCUGUACUUUACUCAGAAAGUGUUAUGCCAAAUAUAACAUUUGUUGCAUUUGACCACUUUCUAAAUGGCAUUGUGUCUUUAUAUACAUACAUAAUCACAGUGCUUUAAACCACUUAGAUAGCGGAGCUCGGUUGACGACCAUGGACAUGAGCACAUAGUCAUGUCAGCUGCCUAUCAUUAACCUUAGAGUGUGGCUGGCUGGCCACUGAAGCUGGACAUUGUGAACACGGUGCGGGAUAAUGUAGAUUGACGAUGUAACGUAACACGGCAGUGGCAGUCUGGCAGUGAUUCUCCUGAGUGUUAAACAUAGAAUGCUUUCUGUAAGUCGGAACUUGACCCUCAGACAGACUUGUCCUGCAUGUUGGCAGGACGCCUCCAAGAUAUCGUCUGGUCAUACCUGUCUUGCUACCAUUAUGUAAGCAUGGAUAAGAUGUAUGGAUGAACAACUUCUUUAUUACAAUGAGGAGCGACUUUUCGGUGUAGGCUCUAACACCGUUAAUAAACAAGUUCAUCCUUUUAUCUUAUCCUUACUUAGUACUCCAACUUCUAAAUGCCUCUCAAAGAUGUUAACAUUAUGUACCUGUAUUUGUUAAAUUACGAAUAAAGUGUU